UCUUGCCUGGGCCGUGGAAGGGGGUGGUUGUCGCUCCGUGCAUUCACAACUUUGCCUCGUUUAUCUCGGUGACUUUUCCCUCGCGUCCUUCUCUCUUUUAAAGUUUUAAUCUAUAAACUUUUCCUGCCGCACGUGAUUAUUUUUGAACGAACUAAAAAAAAAAAAAAGAAAAAGAAAAGAAAACACACACAAACACACACACACGCACGCACGCACGCGCGCACAAAACGAACAAUAACCGAAAUGAAACACACGAACCCGAACGAAACGGAAACGGAACCGAACCAGUGAAGCGAACCAACGAGUGAGCGAACGAACGAACGAAGCAGAAAAACGAAGCAAAUCAACCAAACAAAACGAUAAAAAAGGGAAUCAGACAACCAAAAGAAACAAUAAAGAACCAAUAAAAUGCGGAAGUGAGGCAAAGGAAGCAAAAAAAACGAAAAAAGAAAAAAAAGGAAAAAAAGAAAAAAGGACUCGAAAACAGCUUCGGAAAAUGAAAGAAGUGAACGAAGCACCAAACGAAGCUCAAAAUGAAGCACUGGGACUGACCGAGGCAAAGGAGUGAAGCAUCAACCCUUUUAUCCUCUUCCCCGUCAGGAGGAGGAAGAGGAGGAGGAGGAGGAGGAGGAGGAGGAGAAGGAGAGGAUAUAAAAAAGAAAAAACGAGACUAAAGAAGACAGGAAGAAGACAUGUAAUAGAAAAGAGUAAAGUGAACAGCAAGAGGAAGAAGAAGGAGAAGAAGAAGAAGGAGGAUGUUACGAAUAAGGAAUAAAAAGGAGAAAGAAGAAAAGUAAAGGAAAGGGAAAAAAGAAGGAAGAAGAGAGAGAGAGAGAUAGAGUAAGAGAGGAGAAAGAAGGAGAGGGAUAAAAGUGACAAGAAAUUAAAUAGGAAAGAAAAGUUAAGGAGAGGAAGGACGGAAGGAAGGAACAAGGAGGAAGAAAGAAGAGAGAGAGAAGAAAGAUAAGGAGUUGGAGGAUAGAAGGAACUCGAUAAUACAGAGAGAGAGAGAGAGAGAGAGAGAGAGAGAGAGAGAGAGAGAGAGAGAGAGAGAGAGAGAGAGAGAGAGAGAGAGAGAGAGAGAGAGAGAGAGAGACCCAGAAGAAAAAAAGAAAGGAAAAGAACAACAAAACCACCACCACAACCACCACCACCACCAAGAACAACAACAACAACAACAACAACAACAACAACAACAGAAAUGAAAGCUCCGCACACACUCUCCCUCCCCUCUCACUCCGGAUAGCCACCACCACCACCACCACCACCACCACCACCACUCCCUCCCGUCCUCCUCCUCCGCGACCGAACUGCAUCCGGCUGCGUGGGUUGAACUCCCCGAUAUCCGGCCUUGCUUGGGGACGAGAGAGGCGGGGAGAGAGAGAAAGAGGGAGAGAGAGAGAGGCAGAGAGAGAGAGAGGGGGAGAGAAAGAGAAAGAGAAAGAGAGAGAGAGAGAGAGAGAGAGAGAGAGAGAGAGAGAGAGAGAGAAAGAGAGAGAGAAAGAGAAAGGAGAGGGAGAGCCAGCCAGAACCAAAGCCAAGAGGGGCGCCAUGAACUACGAAGAAGUGGCUUGCGGCUGUUUCUGGUCAAGACUCCCUUACGGCGCGCGUGUCUUGGGGGUCACCGCUUCUCUGGUGGUCUGGGGCGUGGGCGCCGACAUGGUCUAUCACCGCCAUGCCCUUGGGAUCUACACUGUGUUGUUUGCUGUGUUCCUCUUCUUCCUGGAGACGACGUGGGCAGUGACGCUGUUUCUACGAGUGUGUGUCAGGAACGAGGGGAGCCGUGUGCUGAAGUGCUGGGCAGGUGUGCUGUGGUUGGACACCUGGAAGAAGACACUGCUGUACUGGGCUGCUGGUGGGGUGUUCCUGGCCUCCCCCCACCGGUUAUGGCUCACCCCGGUAGCAGGAGGUCUUCUGAUGGGGCUCGGCUUUCUCCACCUCCUCCUGCUGUACCGAAGGAGGCUGGACACGAAGGAGGCGCUGCUGGAGGCCAGGGAGGAGUCUUACGAGAGCCCGGGACAGGUAUGAGGAGGAGCUGGACACUUCACCACCUGAGGGCACCAACACUCACACCGACUCAGACACCGCCUCCACCCACGAGUAUAUACUGCAGGUGUAAGAAACCCACACCCACAAUGCCCCACGUCACCCACAACACCCAUUUUCCACCCAUUUCCACCCAUUCCCAGCCCCCUUACCCUUCACCCGCCCUCCAGGACCCAGGCAGGUAAAAAAAACACACUCUUGGCUCCGUGAUUAACCUGACAGAAUAUAAAUUACAGCCGUCAGUUGGGUGAAAAUGGGUUAAUGUCUUCGAGCGUGAGGUUUUAAAGGGUGCCUGCGCUGUAUAUGGCUGCCUGGAGUUGCUGUGGUGGUUUAAUGGAUGAUUUUAUUUACCCAUUUAUUUUUUGUUAAUUUUGUUCUGUGUUACUGUGUGAAAUAUACUGGUUAAUAUGACUUGA